CUUAACCACUGUGUUUCAAUGGAUCAUAAUAACACACAAAAACACUUCCCCACCCACAUAUCCAAAACACCAUGGCCACCACCACAUUCUCAUCACCAACAGCCGUUCUCUCCUCCGCCGCCACCACCACACCAAAACCACCCUCCUCUUCUUGCAAGCCUCUCUUCCCCGUACAACUACCCUUCAAACAACCUCUAACAACCUUAACUGCUGCUGCAGCCAUAGCCACCAUCCUUACAGCUGCACCUUCACCUUCCUUAGCAGCAGACCCCAACUACCAAAUUUACUACGGCACCGCCGCCAGCGCCGCAAACUACGGCGGCUAUGGCGGCAAUGCCAGCAAGAAAGACUCAGCUGAGUAUGUGUAUGAUGUGCCUGAUGGAUGGAAGGAAAGGUUGGUGUCAAAGGUUGAAAAGGGUACCAAUGGAACUGACAGUGAGUUCUACAACCCAAAGAAGAAGCAAGAGAAAGAGUACCUCACUUUCUUAGCUGGGUUUCGCCAACUUGCACCAAAGGAUGUGGUUUUGAACAACUUGGCACUCUCUGAUGUGGUCUUGCAGGACUUGAUUGCUAGUGCAGAUAGCUUGAUCUCUGAUGAGGUGAAGGAUGAUAAAGGACAAGUUUAUUAUGUGUACGAGAUUGAUGGGGCUAGUGCUCAUAGCUUGAUCUCAGUGACUUGUGCUAAGAACAAGCUUUACGCUCAUUUUGUCAAUGCUCCCACUCCAGAAUGGAAUAGAGAUAAGGACAUGUUGAGGCAUGUUCAUGAGUCUUUUAAGACAGUGGGGUCAUAUUAGUUAAUUAGCUUCUGCUGUUUUAUAUUUUAUAGUGAUAAUGAUUAUAUCUAUUAUGAGGAUUGGGUCUUUUGAUAAAUUUGCAUUUUACUGCUUGUUAGCUUGCUUGAAUUUGUGGUAUAAUUGGCUUCAAUUUGAAACUUUCAGGAAUCCCUGAUGGUGAGUUUUUGCAAGGAAAAUAGAGACUAGCUCUUGCAACUCUGAAUUCUCUGUGGUUUUCGGUUGAAUCUGUGUAUUUUUCUGGUUGUUUGUAGUCUGAAAACCCAAUAUCUGAUGUUUUUGGGGGGUGAUCAUGGAAAUUCAGUUUCCGAUUACUAAAGCCAGUUUCUUUGAUGGAUUAGAAUUUUUACUACAUGUCUACAGGCUUGCAUUUUGGGCAGAACAAUUGAAUUCAAUUUGAAACUUUUAUUAGGAAUCAUUCAUGUGGAAUUUUUACAGUGAAAAAUAGGGACUAGCGGUUGCAGGCCUCAAUAUUAUGUGGUGUGGUUUGUGGUUGAAUCUGAUGCGAGUUCUGUUUUACUGUAGCUUGAAAAAUGAAACUCUUGAGAUGAGACGUGGGAGUUUCCAAAAUAUUUUGGAGAUGUUUCCAUGGAAAAUUUGAUUUCUCAUGUCAGAAUAAUGAGUCAUGAAAUUCCAGAGGCUGGAACUAGAAUCAUUCCUUUGAGAGUUUCAUUUCCAUGAUCCUUUAGAUUACUCCUCAUGUUCAUAGCCCGAAUUCAAAUUCAAGACAAUAUGGAUCUGGUUACUCAGUUGAAGCUAAACUACUCUAACUUGCAAUAUUCAAGGUUA